AGAGAUUCGAUGCCUGCUCGAGGGAUAUAUAUGUGCACUUGAAAUGGAGAAGUUUCGAACGAUGGAUAGGUGAUUCCAUGCAUGUUUCCAAUUUCAAGUGAAUAGGUAAUUCUAAGGUGAUGGUACUAGCUGUAUACUGCUGAAAAAAUGGAGAAACUACGCCUGUUGGUUAGAAAAGUUCCAAAAACAGGGGUGGUCGUUGCAGGAGGAGUUACCUACUUUUUAUACUCGUAUAUGAGAAAGAAUUCAGUACGUACAGACGAAGGUAAUUUAGCUGCAGAUGGUGUCCAACAGAAAUAUGCCUGGGCACCAUUACCGGCCCGGGCUCAGCUGAUUGAGUCCCUCAAGAGGGAUGAGUUUGAUGUGUUAGUUAUAGGGGGCGGAGCUACAGGGUCGGGUGUAGCUGUCGACGCCGUCAGCAGAGGUCUGAAAACGGCUUUGGUUGAGAAGUAUGACUUUGGCUCUGGAACGAGCAGUAGAUCUACAAAGCUUAUCCAUGGAGGAGUCCGCUACCUUGAGAAGGCCGUAUUCAAUCUAGAUUUAGAACAGUAUCGGAUGGUGAAGGAGGCGCUGACAGAGAGAGCUAACUUAAUAGAUAUUGCCCCACAUCUGGCAUACCCAUUCCCGAUCAUGCUGCCAAUAUAUAAAUACUGGCAAAUUCCUUAUUUCUGGCUUGGUAUAAAAGCUUAUGAUUUUGUGGCUGGGAAACAGAAUUUGAAAUCCAGUUACUACCUCGGACGGAAGAAGGCACUUGAGAUAUUCCCGAUGUUAAAAAAGGAUAAACUACGUGGAGCAUUGGUGUACUAUGAUGGCCAGCACGAUGAUGCCAGGAUGAAUGUCAGUUUAGCUAUCACGGCUGUGAGACUUGGUGGCAGUGUAAUGAAUUAUGUUGAGGUCCUAGAAGUUUUGAAAACUCCUGACAGUGAGGGCAAGCCGGUGGUCAGUGGUGCAAGAGUCCGGGACAGAAUGACCGGUGAGGAAUGGAAUGUUAAGGCUAAGUGUGUAAUCAAUGCUACUGGACCAUACACGGAUCGUAUCCGCACGAUGGCCAACCCAGAGGAGAAAAAGAUCUGCCAGCCAAGCCAGGGUGUACACGUGGUACUGCCCGACUACUACAGUCCAACCUCCAUGGGUUUGCUUGAUCCAGCCACUAGUGAUGGCAGAAUCAUUUUUUUCCUUCCCUGGCAAAAAGUCACCAUUGCAGGAACAACAGAUGAGGCUUGCGAGGUGACAGACUUUCCAUCUCCCACUGAGAAGGAGAUACAGUUUAUUCUCAGUGAAAUCCGUCACUACCUGGACCCCGACGUGGAAAUUCGUCGCGGCGAUGUGUUGUCGGCCUGGUGUGGCAUCCGCCCCCUUGUAUCUGACCCAAACAAGGCCGACACACAGUCUAUAGCCAGGAACCACAUCAUAGAAGUAACUCCGGACAAUCUCAUUACCAUAGCAGGAGGGAAAUGGACAACAUAUCGUCACAUGGCUGAGGAAACCGUAGACCGGGCAAUAGCAGUGUGCAAUCUAGAGCCAAAGGCAAAAUGUCGUACAAAGGGCUUGCUGCUGGAUGGGGCACAUGGAUACACGCCCACUUUCUUUAUCAGACUGGUCCAGGACUUUGGCCUUGAGAAUGAUGUUGCACAGCAUCUAGCCAGCACAUAUGGAGAUAAAGCGUUCAAGGUGGCCAAGCUUGCUUCCUUGACUGGCAAACGAUGGCCAGUUGUGGGCAAACGUUUACACGAGGAAUUUCCGUACAUUGAGGCAGAGGUCCGUUAUGCUGUGAAGGAAUAUGCUUGUCGAGCCAUAGAUGUCCUUGCACGCCGUACUCGCCUGACAUUUUGUAAUGUCCAUGCUGCGGAGGAAGCGUUGCCAAGAAUUGUUGAAAUCAUGGCAGAGGAAUUAAAAUGGGACAAGAAAAAACAGAAGGAUGAAAUAGAACAUGCACGAACCUUCCUGAGAAGAGAGAUGGGUCUUGACCUGGGAACUGGAGCCAAAAAUGUGCCUAUUAAUUUCACCAAGGAUGAAAUCAACUUAUAUGUGAAGCGCUUCAAGACUUUAGAUAGUGACCAUAAGGGUUACAUCACUGUCAAUGACCUUCGCAAAUAUUUCAAGAGAAUUGGAGAACGUGUGACGGAGGACCAACUUCACGACAUCCUCAAUGAAGUGGACUUAAACAAAAAUGCUCAAGUAGAUCUCGGAGAAUUCUUACAGUUGAUGUACUAUGUAAAUAUAGCGGUAUCACUUAACGAUCACUGGAGAUCUCAGUCUGAUGAUAUAGGGGAUUAUAAGAAACGUCACAUGCUGAUGAGUGCAUUGAAAAGCGGUCAUGUGGCCAACUCAAGAUUUGCUCAGGUUACCCAGAUGAUGCAAGAACGUGAUAAAAUUUCUGUCGAACGAUCGGGAGGAGGCGUUUAAAGAGAAGAAUAAUCAAUUGAAAAGUGACAUUUACUAUGUAUUAUAUAGAGGACUUUUUCUUCAAAGUUGUUGAUUUGUCUCAUUCAACAUAAAACGUAGAAAGGUACGAUUGAAUUGAAGCUAAGACCCUGAAUAUGAAGAGUUUUAAGUUAAAACAGAUCUGUAGCAUAAAUAUUUGGAAGUGCAAAUCAGGGUUUAUUUAUUAUCAAGAUGAACACAUAAUCGUCAUUAAAAGGUGAAAUAUAAUAUUCUCCAACAGAACUGGGUAUUACUCUGUCUAGAAAUUAAAUUUUGAAUUUUAUCUACUUGGUAAAGCAAGCAUACAGACCAAUAUCAGAAAAUUAACGCACAUCUCCAAGAAAUGUUGACUUUUUUGGAAUUUCUCAAAAGUAUGUCUUUUUAUUAUUUUGUUAAAUUAUUUUUCACUUGUUCAGUAUACUGAUUUUUGCAAGUAUUGAUGAGUAGAGAAUGGUAACUUCCCUCUAUAGUUUGAUGUAUAUAUAUGUGGUGAUCAUAACUUAUUUUCUCUGAUCUCUUAUCCAGACUUUGGUACAAACUUGGAAUGGCUUUAGAAUAGAACAUUAAUUACAAAAAAUAGGUUUGGAAAGAACAGAACAAGGGAACAUAUACCACAACUAUAUUUGAAAAUUAAUGCUCAGCAUGCAAAAUUAACAGGAGUUUGUUUAUUUCUGUGAUGUAUUGCCUUCUUACUUUAGAUUUUGGUAUUAGAUUUUCUUUCGCAGACCAAAAUUAACUUUUUAAUCACAUCAUAUACAUUUUAUAUUGAAGUUGAGAUUUCAUCACGUUUCAGAAUGAUGGCCGAUACCUGAAUGAGCAUUUUGAAAUUAUAAAUAAUGUGAUACUUUCCAUAGAACAAAAUUGAAGAAAAUCAACAUGUACUUCCCAAACUAAGUGUAUAUAAUUAUAUAUUUAUGUGCACUCCUUCACAAAUUGGAGAAAUGAGAUGAUGGGUGGAAUUUAUCACCAUAUACUGAAUAAUCAAGUCGCACGACGUCAAUUUCAAAAAUUUUUUACAUUUUUUGCACUUCCUCUUUUAUAGUAGUAUUGAUCAAAUGUAUCUUUUGAAAAAGAAAUUUAAUCCCUCAGUAACAUUUAUUAGAAUAAUAUGAUAUUCCUAACUCCUAUUCUUCUUGGUAUUAUAUACUUUUGCCACAUAUCAGUCUACAUGUUGUCCAGUGAAUCGUGUUGUCACUAUAGUAUACCUGUGGGCGUUUCUCAUUGGCUGAGCCAGUCAGGAAGCGAUUAUUACGUCAUAAUUAAAAAUAAACGAUGAAAUAACGCAAAAUGGCUGUCAUAAUCUGCUUGUAAUGUUCUCCACAUUGCAAGUUUUCCCAGUUAUGUGAUACAAAGACUUUCAUAACAUAUCAGAUGUAAUGAAAACUCUCUGAAGAUCCUAUGUACUGUAUAUAUAUUACUGAUCUGUUCGUGUUUGUGCCAUCAACAUCAAUGAUAUGCUUUUGUAUAAGUCAGCUCAUUCUGUGUUAGAAUUUUCUCUGGUGCUAAUGGUCAGAAGAUUGAAGUAUGUUAAGAUGAUGGUAAAAGUAUAUAUACUUAAUUUGUUAUAUGUGCAAAUUUAACAAUCACUCCAGAGCGAGAGAUUUUAUUCUGUCCAAUAGUUUUAUCGUAAAUCCUGGUAAUACUGGUAAAUACUAAGUUGAGGAUGACAUAUUGAAUAAGAUAAAUCACAAAAUGUCAAAAGAUGAUUUUGUUAACGUCAUGAUCAGCUGAACCUAUUUGAAGUGGUCAUUUUACAUUUAACAAAGCAUAUAUGCCUAGUGUAUUGAAAGUGUGUAUACUGUACCAACAUCUUAACAGUAUGAAUCAGUAAUAUUAUAUGAAAUAUGUGGAUUAAUAUUUCGUGUAUUAUAUUUCUGACUAAAGUAGAUUAUGGUAUGCAAUUCUGCUAUUGUCUCCAUAACAUGCAAUGUAAAUUGUUAGUUGUAUUUAUGUGGUAUAUACCUUUCAUUACUGCAACAGAAAUACAUAUACAACGUAACUUCUAAUAUAUAUAUAUUUCUGAAUUAAGAUAAUCAUAAAAAGUUUCUGUGCUUUGUUGAAUGCCAGCUAUGGCACCUCCUUUCUUAUUUAACUAUUCAGGUUACAGCUGCAGUGUGGUUUAUGUAUUCCUUCAGGGUGUCUGUACUCUUUCAAAUCAAGAAUUUAUCAUUGUCUUAGAAAACUGCAACAGUUAUGGUGACAGGGCCAGAGGAAACUCAGGCUAGAUCAAGAUAUUAUAUUGACUUGGUCUAUAAGCUCGGUAUCGCCAUCUAUUUAUGGACGUAGACUUUGCAAAAUCAAUGUGAUAUCUUUGUGUCAGGAAUUUCAAACAUUUAAAUUUGUGACAAAAAAAAAAAUCUAAACCAAUUGAAUUAAAUCAUAUCUUAAGAAAACAGUCAAGUGUGUGAUAUACAAAUGUAUAUCUGUUAGUAUUAAAUGCUACUGCUGCUCAGUUUGGUAAAUGUGCUCCUGCUGUUUGUGUAAAUUAUCUCCUAGAGAUGCAAAUGUGCUGUUAGUAUUUUUAUUGUUUCAUAUUAAAUAAUAAAUUAAGGAAAAUCCUUCUAAAAUUAUGUUUUCAGUUUUUAUUUUUUUUUACUUUUUCUUCAUCUGAUUUGUCUCCUAUUUAAAGUUUUGUUUUCAUUGCGAUUUCCAUUUUGUAUUUUUGUAAAGCUUGUACAUGUACCUAAUUAAUAUUUGUCUAUUCCAUCCAGUAAAUAUUUACUUAAGUAUGCUGUUUUUAAUAUGUAAAUAUAGAUACAUAUUGUUAUUCACUUCUCUGACUGGAUGUCGUCUCUCUGGUGUUGUUCUAAUGCCUAAUUGCCUGAUGUUGUUAAUGUGUAAUGAGUUCCUCUACAAAUAAAUGUAUUUAUAAAAAAUAAUAUGUUGGGAGAAUUAUUAGGUUUUUAUGUUGAAUUUGAUUAUUUACAGUUAAGUGAAGAUUACAAUGUAAGAUAACAAUGCAUUCAAUCCACCAGUUUUCGCUAGACCAACCUGAUUUAUGCCAUUUCAUCUACAAUGUACUUAAAUUGUGCAAAAUGGAACUAUUGAUCAGAAGUAUUCUGAAAUAUAUUUUUCAAAUUUAAGUUAUAAAUGAGCUUUGAUGAUAAUAACAUAUCGGCUAGAUACAAUUUAUAUACCAGACAGUUAGUGUACAUGUAUUUACAUGGGAUAACCAGAGAACACGUUGAAAUUGAUUGUAAUUUAAAGAUAUCCUUUGGUUUUUCCCUGAUAUUCAAUGAGGUAUGGUAAUUUCAAUAGAUUUGAAAAUUUCAGGUUAUUAUACUGAAAUUAAAGGGCGAUAUAUAGAGCAAAUCUAGCAAAAAUAUUCUAUUGAAAACAUUAAAGUCAGCAGUUAUUUCAUAAAGAGCCUAGUUAUCCUACACAUUUAUUAUUGUAUCAAUGAUUAGCUCACUUGACAUAUAUGGCCUGUACCUGGCCCAAAGAGCCAAGUUAGCUUAUGCUGUGGUGCGACAUUGGCCAUCCGUCUGGCGUCAACUUUUCCAUUUAAACAACAUUUUCUCACUAACCAAGACUCCUUGAAUCACGAUAUUUUGCUGAUAGGUUCCUUGGACGAGGUCGGUCAAGGUCACAGGUCAAAUUUAUUGAAACAUAUGACAAGUCUUCUUCUGAUUACCUGAAAGGUUUACAAUGAAGUUAUUUUGAUAAGUAAGUAAAAGGCAGAGAAUCGUACGUGAAACAAGUGAAUACCAGGUGGACGAUGCAGGCCCAUAUGGCCUCUUGUUAAUAAAAGAGGAGCAUAAUUUAGAUCUGGAGUUCAUUUUUAAUGGAGUUUUGUUUUUAGUUAUUGAUUAAUUAAGUUUAUUGUUUUUAAUGUUGACUUGAAUAGCCCAAAGUACAACUAUUAAAUGUAUUUACACUGGUAGUUAUUUUUCUUUAAAAACCCAUUGUACAAUGUACAUACACCAGAAAUGCAUUUCCAACCUUAAUAAUAAAUGUUUUACAUAUUGUUUAGAAUGUAUUGGAAUAUGUAGUGUAUAUGUUUAAAACUGUUUUUUUGCUAACAUUAUUUUCCACAACAAUUGAACACCAAGAUGUCCAUUAUUAAUGUGUGAAUUGAGUUAUAUGUACGUAAACUGGUGACUUACUAGUAAAAUAUGGAGAAACUGCCAUCACCGAUUGUUCAGUGAAAAAUCUUUAAUUAUUAACAUAUAUAAAUAUAUAUAUAUGUUUUAUAAUUGUUGUCAUGUGUUUUGUUUAAAUGUUGUUCAUUUUGAAUAUAUUAUUUGAAAUUGAUACACUAUGAAAGAAAUAUUAGCAUAACAUCAUAUAAUUUAAUGUCUGUGGAAGCUUUUUAACAUAUGAUAUGGAAAACAUAAUUUAACAUUCAACAUACUACAAAAGUUUUAUAUCUGAUAUGGAUAACAUAAUUCAACAUACUACAAAUGUUUUAUAUCUGAUAUGGAUAAUAUGUAAUUUAACAAACUACGAAUGUUUUAUAUCCGAUAUGGACAAUAUAUAAUUUAACAAACUACGAAUGUUUUAUAUCUGAUAUGGAUAAUAUAUAAUUUAACAAACUACGAAUGUUUUAUAUCUAAUAUGGAUAAUAUAUAAUUUAACAAACUACAAAUGUUUUUAUCUGAUAUGGACAAUAUAUAAUUUAACAAACUACGAAUGUGUUAUAUCUGAUAUGGACAAUAUAUAAUUUAACAAACUACGAAUGUUUUAUAUCUGAUAUGGAUAACAUAAUUCA